AUGCUCUUCCAGGUUUCCAUGGGCACCAUGAGACACCGAAGAAAUGGUAAUUUUGAGAGUUCCAGACUCCUCUAUUCCAGCAUGUCUCGCAGCAUUGAUGUGGCCUGCAGCGAUGCUGAUUUGGCCAACUUCAUUCAAGAAAACUUUAAGAAGAGAGAAUGUGUCUUUUUCACAAAGGACACCAAGUCAAUGGGUAACUUAUGUAAGUGUGGAUACCCUGAAAAUCAGCACAUAGAGGGCACUCAGGUUAACACCAGUGAAAAGUGGAACUACAAGAAGCACACAAAGGAACUGCCUACCGAUGCCUUUGGGGACAUUCAGUUUGAAAACUUGGGAAAAAGAGGAAAGUACAUCCGUCUGUCAUGUGACACAGACUCUGAAACCCUCUAUGAUCUCAUGACCCAGCACUGGCACCUGAAAACCCCAAACCUGGUCAUCUCUGUCACUGGAGGAGCCAAGAACUUUGCGCUCAAGCCCCGGAUGCGCAAGAUAUUCAGCAGGCUGAUCUACAUCGCCCAGUCCAAAGGGGCCUGGAUUUUCACUGGAGGCACACACUACGGGCUGAUGAAGUACAUUGGGGAAGUGGUCAGAGACAACACCAUCAGUCGCAGCUCCGAGGAGAACGUGGUGGCUAUUGGCAUAGCAGCCUGGGGCAUGAUUUCCAAUCGGGAAACCCUCAUCCGCACUGCUGACAGCGAUGGGAACUACUUAGCCCACUACAUCAUGGAUGACCUCAAGAGAGACCCUCUCUACUGUCUGGAUAAUAAUCACACUCAUCUCUUGCUGGUUGAUAAUGGCACCCACGGGCAUCCAACAAUAGAGGCAAAAGUACGAACCCAGCUAGAAAAGUACAUUUCAGAGCGGGUUAUCCCUGAAUCUAAUUACGGUGGGAAGAUAUCCAUCAAUGUGGCCAUCAAAAGUAAGAUUCCCUGUGUCGUGGUGGAAGGCUCUGGCCGGAUUGCUGAUGUCAUUGCUAGCUUGAUGGAGGCAGAAGGCACUCUUGCCUCUUCAUGUGUCAAGGAGAGCUUGCUCAGGUACCUGCCUCGCACAAUUUCAAGGCUCUCGGAAGAGGAGACUGAAAGCUGGAUCAAAUGGAUCAAAGAAGUCCUUGAGAAUCCUCAUUUGCUGACAGUGAUCAAAAUAGAAGAAGCUGGAGAUGAAAUUGUGAGCAAUGCCAUUUCCUUUGCUCUGUACAAAGCUUUCAGCACCAAUGAACAUGACAGGGAUAACUGGAACGGGCAGCUGAAGCUGCUGCUGGAGUGGAACCAGUUGGAGCUGGCCAGCGAUGAGAUCUUCACCAAUGACCGAAACUGGGAG